AUGAUUUGCAAGAUUGAUAAUCCCGCAUAUGUUGCUCCUGAAAACGAUGCAUGGAGACAUGAAAAUAGCAAUUCAGAGAAUGAAGAUGAUAAGAUAAGGGAGAUGCAAGAGAAAAAGAUCAGAUAUUGGUUUGUGAAAGAUGGAAAAAGAAAGAGAACUCUAAAAACAUCCCCAGUUGUACCUGUUCCUAAAGUGUUCCUCCAAAGAUUGGCCUUCAAAGCAAUCACCUCCAAGAUUGGUUGUCGUGGAAAGGUUCAGUUGAAAAAGAAGCCUCAGAAGAAAAGAAAAGAUUCUGAUGAAGAGGAUUCUACAUAUACGCCAACAGGAGAAGAGAAAAAGAAGUUAAAACGAAAAGCUGUUCAAACAGGCGUCAUUCCAAGAAACAUCAGGGCAAGGAAAGGAGGUGCAUCUAUGCCAGAAAGUCAAAGUGGAAAGAGUGAGAAGCAUGUUGCAACUUCUAAGGGUCCUGAAGCUGAAAAACCUGAGGUUCAAAAGAAAGCAGGAGCAGGUGAUGAUGAAGUUGAAAUUGACGAAGUAAGGGUUUCCUCACCACCACCACCACCACCAGAAAGUAAACCCAUUCCACAGGAAGCUGAAAGUUCAAAGCCAAAGAAAACAGUUCUUCCUGAUCUAUUUGAGGGUUUUCCCAACAUUCACGGUGAAUACAAAGAUGAUAUUCUUUCUAGAGAAGAGUUUGAUAUGUUUCAUGAUGCAUUUGUUAAAGCUCUGGAGAAGAAAGUUAGUAUUCUUGAGAAAGAAAAAGCCAAAGCUGAGGCUGAUCGUGAUGAAUUGAAGAAGCAACUUGAAGAGUUGACGAAAGAAAAUGAAGAGAUAAGGCCUGUCAUGAUCAAACAAGCGAAGAAGUUAAAGAAAAUGGAAGGUGAUGUUGAUGAUAAUGCAAAUCUGUUUGAGCUUCUAACAACAGAAAUUUCUGAUCUGCAUGUGAAGAAUGUGAAGUUAAAAGAUAUAAAUAAGACGCUGAAUCAACUGAUAAGUGAACUUCAUGAAGCGUCGGCAAAUGAAUUCAAAGCAAUGAAGCUAGAAAUGGAAGCUCUGAGGGCUGAUACAGUUGUGAAGGAUGAACAGCUCAACAUGUUGUACACUGUUAUGGAACAUUAUCUGGGAAUCGACGUUCAAUCCAUCUACAACAAUAUAAAGAUCAAAAGAGUUGCGGAACGAAGGAUUGAGAGAGAAAAGAGGUUGGCCGAGGAAGCUACUCAAAGAAAGAAAGAUGUUAUCAUUGAGACUCAAGAAGCUGGUGGAUCUUCGAGUCAAGCUGACGUUGAGACGAUUGAUGUUGAAGCUGAUCAAGCUCAAGGAUUCGUACUUGUUGGUGAAGCUACUUCUCUUUCUUACAGUUAUGAUGACAUUAUACGUCUUAAAGUAGAAAAGGAAGAAGAGAAAGAAGAUGAAGAUUUGGACAAUGUCCUUGAUGCCGUUGAUAACUAUGAUCGUUCAUGGGAUGAUUUGAUAGACAAAGAUGAUGAUGAAGAUCAAGGCUCGACGGGAUUAUUGAUUGUGAACCCCUCUGUUCAACAGAAGAUUGAUGACUUUAUGAAUGAUGAAAUCAACGAAAAAGAUGAUGAUUAA